AUGGCCGACGCGUUGGAAGAGGCAGGCGAGGUCGGCGGCGCUGCGAAUGUGGCCAAGGAUCUCUUCUCCGGUGCAGUCGGUGGAAUUGCCCAAGUACUCAUUGAUAUCGUGAAAGUACGGCUACAGACGACAUCAGAAUACAAGGGGGCUCUAGACUGUGCAUCACGAAUUCUCAAGAAUGAGGGCGCGUCGGCCUUCUACAAGGGCACUCUCACACCAUUGAUUGGUAUCGGAGCCUGCGUCUCAGUCCAGUUCGGAGCCUUCAACUACGCCAAACGAGCAUUCGAAGCAUCCAAUGCAUCCAAUGCAUCGAAGGUCAACAAGACACUCGGCAACGCCCUCCCACAACCACUCAGCUAUGGCCAAUAUUACGCAGCUGGAGCAUUCGCUGGAAUCGCAAACACAGUCCUCUCCUCUCCUAUCGAGCACAUCCGUAUCCGUCUGCAGACUCAACCGCACGGCGCUGGAAAGCUCUACAACGGACCACUCGACGUAAUUCGCAAACUUGGAGCGACAGGAGUCUACCGCGGAACAUCUGUGACCCUCCUUCGAGAAGCCCAAGCAUACGGAGCCUGGUUCCUCACAUUUGAAUACCUGAUGAACCAAGACGCAAAACGCAGCUACAUUCUCCGGAAAGAAGUGCCAACCUGGAAAGUCGCGUUCUACGGUGGUCUGGCAGGUGAAAUGCUCUGGAUUGCGUCGUAUCCAUUUGAUGUGAUCAAGUCGAAGAUGCAAACCGAUGGAUUUGGGGAGAAGCAGAGGUAUAAGACGAUGAGGAAUGCUUUUGCUCAGACCUUUGCGCAGGAGGGCGCUUUGGGCUUCUGGAGGGGCAUUGGUCCGACAUUGCUGAGGGCUAUGCCUGUUUCUGCCGGCACAUUCGCGACGGUGGAGCUGACGCUGCGCGCGAUCAGCUAG